CUUCUCCUCACUUGCAAUGGAAUCCUCAAAGCUCUUCAUUGUUACCCUUCUCAUCACUCAAGCUCUCUUCAUCUCCCACACACAAAUCCACGCUGCAGCCCCUGCAAACCCAAACCUCUUCACAGAAUACAUCGGCGCAGAAUUCAAGAACGUUAAAUUCACCGAUGUUCCCAUAAACCCAAAUGUCGAAUUCCACUUCCUUCUCUCCUUCGCCAUAGAUUACGACACCUCAGCCUCCCCUUCUCCCACCAACGGAAAAUUCAACGUCUUCUGGGACUCCGCUAAUCUCAGCCCCGCCCACGUGGCAUCCAUCAAGAGCACCCAUCGAAACGUCAAGGUGGGCUUGAGCUUAGGAGGGGAUACCGUAGGAAAGGGCUUCGCUUUCUUCAAACCCACCUCAGUAGAUUCAUGGGUUUCGAAUGCCGUUUCUUCACUCACAGGGAUCAUCAAAGAGAACCAUUUGGAUGGAAUUGAUAUUGAUUACGAGCACUUCAAAUCUGAUCCCAACACAUUUGCAGAGUGCAUCGGACGGCUCAUAACAACUCUGAGAAACAACAAGGUAAUCUCGUUCGCUUCUAUUGCUCCAUUCGAUGAUGAUCAAGUUCAGAGCCAUUACUUGGCCCUGUGGAGGAAAUUCGGGCACCAAAUAGAUUAUGUGAAUUUCCAGUUUUAUGCGUACGAUAAGGGAACCACUGUGCCUCAAUUUAUUAACUUUUUUAACACCCAAAGCUCCAAUUACAAUGGCGGUAAGGUUUUGGUAAGCUUUAUUAGCGAUGGAAGUGGUGGAUUAUCGCCCCAAAAUGGGUUCUUUACAGCCUGCAGUAGGCUCAGGAGUCAGCAGAAACUUCAUGGGAUUUUUGUUUGGUCCGCUGAUGACUCCAAGGCAAAUGGUUUCCGGUUCGAGAAGCAAUCACAAGAACUUUUAGCUGCUCCCCACUAGUACAACUUCGAUCUGUAACAAUAAAAAGUGCUGCAUACUAUUAUGAAUUAGAUUAAUUCCAGUAUCAUGUACUACAGUACUUACUAUUUGUUAAAAAAAAUAUGUGGCAUUGUUCCACAUUGUUUAUGUAUAAGAGUCUUUUUGCCUUUGAUUUCUAUAUAGUAAAGCUUUUUAUGUAAAACAUUGCGUAUAAG